AUGACUGCUGGCCGAAAGCGAAGACGCCAUGAGCGAGACGCGUCAAGCCCGGAUGACGACGUCGUGGUUCGUGACGGGCUCGUCAGGAGGGAUCUUCUGCGACAUGCUUAUGCGACCGUCCUAACACUGCGGGAGUAUGCCUUGUUCAAACUUCCAAGCAGUUCCAGACUUCGUCGGAAAAAGAUUAGUUCGCUCGGUCAGGGGAACUGUGCUGAUGAACAUGAACUAGAAGCAGUUGUUGCCAAGUUUUUAGACUCGACAUUAAUCUGCUCCUCCGACACCUUAUUGCAGACCGACAAUACCUCUUACGAGCAGUGGUUGGCAUUUUCACAAAAGGGAGACGACUCCCAUAUUACCAUAUCAGGUGGCAUAUCUGAAUGCGAGGGCACGCAGUCAGAGCUUGUGGACUGGGCCAUAUGGUCCCUGUUCAACCGGGAAAAGACGCCAGGCACAUGGCCGAAACACCUCCUUUGUGAUGGAUUCCGCAAACGAAGCAAAGAGGGUGACCCUCCUGGCACUUUUGUUCAGGACGUGUACAGCCUCUAUCCUAAUCAUCACUCUGCGGCCCUAAGACAAAAGCCUUGGCCGCAGGUGCUGGCGUUGCUAGGUCGUUCGGGACAGAAAGUCAUGGUUGAUCUUCUCAUUGAGCGUUCUAUCUUUGUUGCCAUUGACGCGGGAAUCGGCAACUAUUACCAGAUAAGCGGCAUCCCCGUGUCCGAGUUGGAAUUGAGCGGCAGUCGCAGCAAUCCCAACCAACCUCGCAAACCGUCAGAAAUAACUCUAAUAAGAAGCCGUAUAUUCUACGCCAAGCCAGCGCUCGCAGCGCGCGGCCGGGUUCAGCCUGGUUUCAAGCCCAUCCAUGUGCUGAAUCGGUGUCGCGCCGCCAAAAAUGACGGCACAAGCUGCCAGGUCGAGAAAAUAGCCGCGAACACAAUGAAGGUUACUAUGCAUAUAUUUCCAAGACAGUUUGGGCUGCACAACGUCUUCACUUCCAACGUGAACGUCUUGGAGACGGCACAAAAGUUUCAUGACUACACCUUGCGGGAAAAGGAGAUCAAGGAGUCUAUCGAAAUGGGUAAAUAUUGCUCAAAGGAUGGGACGCCCAAGCUGCCCAAGCGCCUUAGAGGCGAAGCCUGGCGCCUCGUUCAGCGACUUCAGGUGCUCCAUAGCCGCUGCUCAUACGGAGAACUUUUACAACACUACUGUCCUCGGGUUCGCGGACUACAUGCCGACGAAUCUUCUCACCCGCUCGACGAAAGACGUCAGAUAAUGGGAGUUCAACGCAGCAUAGAACCGACAGUCCCUAUUGCCGCCAACGAUUGUCAAGAGAAAUGCCGUGCGUCCCGGUCGCUCCAGGAUGAUUUUGAGUGUAGUUCAUUGGUUGAGUUGGCAACUUCACAUUCUCAAGUAUCUGCAUUCUGCCAAGCUGUUUUUUCACAUAUCGUGCCCAACGAUUUCUGGGGCAAAGGCGAGGCGCAUUCCCACAACAAAGCCGUAUUCCUUCGCAACGUCGACCACUUUGUUAAGCUUCGGCGGUUCGAGGCCCUAACGUUGCACGAAAUAUGCCAAGGCAUGAAGUUGGCCAACAUCCAGUGGCUGCAACCUCCAGGCCUCGAGGCCCAAAAGGCCGGCCGGACUGACGUGAACAAACGCUGCGAAUUGUUUCACGAAUUUUUAUAUUUUGUAUUCGACUCGUUGUUGAUACCGCUCAUUCAAGCAAACUUUUACGUUACAGAGUCAAACACCCACCGGUACCAAGUGUUUUAUUUCCGCCACGAUAUUUGGCGCCGCAUUGCAGAACCAACUUUGUCAAUUCUGAAGACGGACAUGUUUGAGGAAAUGACAGCUACCGAGGCCGACGAGAUUCUUCGUUCUAGGUACAUGGGAUUCAGUGAAAUAAGGCUGCUUCCCAGGGAGCGUAAAUUGCGACCAAUUAUGAACCUGCGCAGGAAACAAGCCUGCAGAACGGGGGCCAAGGGUCUGAAGCCCAGCAUCAACUCCGUCCUACGGCCCGUUUACACGACCUUGAAGUUUGAAAAGAUGACGAACCCGCAGCGCCUAGCGUCAACGCUUUUCUCCGUCGGCGACAUGUAUGCCAAGCUCAAAACGUUUAAACGUUCCCUCUCCGGCGGACCGAACCAUUUUUUCUUUGCCAAGGUCGACGUCCAGUCCGCCUUUGACACCAUUCCCCAAGACGCCAUCGUACAACUCAUGAAAACCGUACCGAGUCAACCUAAAUACACCAUCACAAAGCACGCAGAAGUGCAGCCCGGCGAGCGCUCCAUGACGAAACCAAAAAAAACCGCCACGAAGCCAAUUCGGCGAUGGCACGCAUCAGCACUUGCGCAGGGCCAACAACCAUUCUUGGACCGACUCAGGAACGGCAUAGCGAGCACAAAGAAGAACACCAUCUUUGUCGACGGCGUAGCGCAAAGAGAGCACAGUACAACAUGUCUGAUCCAACUGUUGACCGACCAUGUUAAAAGAAACCUGGUCAAGAUUGGCAGCAAGUAUUACUGUCAGAAAAGGGGGAUACCGCAAGGUUCAGUGUUGUCUUCGUUUCUAUGUAAUUACUUCUACGCGGACUUGGAAAGGAAACAUUUAGGCUUUCUCCAAGGGCAAGAUUGCCUCCUGAUGCGGCUUAUUGACGACUUUUUGCUCAUCACGCUCGAUAAGAGCAAGGCCGUGCGGUUUCUCGAGACGAUGCAUCAAGGUGUUCCCGAGUAUGGGGUGCAAGUUAGUCCCGGAAAGACGCUGGUCAAUUUCGAUGUGCAGAUUAAUGGCAAGCCCGUCGGCAAAGCCGGCACCACAGGAUUUCCAUACUGCGGAACGCGGAUCAAUGUUAGGUCGCUAGACAUGACCAAGGACGUCGAGGCGGGAGCUGCUAUUCAAUUUUUUUACCUUCAGUCGCACCUCAUGUACUUUGACACAUCUCAUAAUGCCCCACGGACGGUGCUCGAUUCUUUGCGCAGCGCAUUUGUCGAGACUGCGCGCAAAAUGUGGGCGUACAUACGAUGCUUGCCAAGAGUACGGCGGCCCAGCACGGCCCUGAUUACCGGUACAGAGCUCCGUGACGGCUUUCCUAUUGCUCCCCGCUGUUUGGCUGUCUCUACUGCGCUUACACAAUCUCAGCUUGAACGGAGGAGGCUAAUAGCUAGCAGUGUCGCCUACAGCGCCUUUCUAGACGUGCUGAGCAAAAAGCAGGCCAACUACGGCCCUGUCAUCAUGUGGUUGAAAGCGCAGAAAAAGAUCAUCUAG